AUGGGCAUUUUCUCGUCGUUACUCUGUUGCGGCAGCGACACCAAUGACUCGGCAGACGAUAAGUAUAAACAGGUCCCGCGUGCGUCGCUGAAGGAACCAAAGUCGCGUGCAAGUGCCAAUGCAUCGGCAAUUAAUGCCGAGUCCGAACACAGCCUGUCUGAAAUGGACAAACCUCAUGGCUCAGUUCCCGCAUCUACAGCAGCUGUUGCGGCUGCCACUGCUGCCACUGCUGCGUUGGAAACCCAAGCGGGUUCAAAGUCAGCCAAAAGACGUAGUGGUCGUGCCUCCGGAGGCGAUUCGUCCGACAAGUUGCCGAACACUUCCAAUACCGACAACAUCACUACCGAGAACAACAAACUACAUACCGACCGCACGGGCACUCCAAAAGCAGCACCUUCCGUGGGUGUUUCUGCCACCUCAGUGCCCUCUGCAUCUGUAGACCCUGAUGCUCCCGUAUCCCCCACUGAACAAACCAAAGAAGCUUCCACACAGUCCGGCAGGCCCGAGAACGCUGACCCCACAGCCAACAACACCGCAGGCACAUUAGAAGACGGCAGCGCCAAGGAAGAUUCAUGGAUUCACGAUGAGGAGGACCUUAAGCAUAUGUCUGAUGAGGAAUCAUCGCUUGACAAUGACAUCGACAACGUGAUUGCGAAUGCCGACGGAGAAGGCACAAAUGAAGCAAGUGCAGGAGCUGUAGAUCGCGACCAAGGUGAAGAAGAAGACGACGAAGACGAUGAAGACGACAGUUUGCUUGACUUGACCAAGAUCCAAAAGGACCAGGCGUUCAAUCCAGAAACAGGGAUGCUUUUGGGAGUGAAGGAUGUGAAACGGUUCGGCAAGAAAAAGUGUCUCAUUCUUGACUUGGAUGAGACCCUCGUACACUCUUCGUUCAAGUACUUGCGCACGGCUGAUUUUGUCAUUCCCGUUGAGAUCGACAAUCAAGUUCAUCAUGUGUAUGUGAUCAAGCGGCCUGGUGUCGACGAGUUUUUGAGGAAAGUCGGAGAGUGGUAUGAGGUGGUGGUAUUCACUGCAUCUGUGGCCAAGUAUGGAGACCCCUUGCUUAAUAAGUUAGACAUCCACCAAGCAGUUCACCACAGGCUUUUCCGUGACUCUUGCUACAGCUACCAAGGAAACUUCAUCAAGAACUUGUCGCAGAUAGGGCGCCCACUUCAAGACUCGAUUAUCAUUGACAACCUGCCUGCCUCGUACAUAUUCCACCCUCAGCAUUCUGUUCCCAUCUCCAGUUGGUUUAGCGACACACAUGACAACGAGUUGUUGGACUUGCUUCCAUUAUUGGAGGAUCUUUCGAAGCCAAACGUUGACGAUGUGAGUCUCGUUUUGGAUAUCUCCAUUUAA